AUGCCGAUCUCACAGUUAACUAGUGCUGAUGCCAAUCUCGCUGUGAAUCAGCAGUCGGCGGAUGAUGCCAAUAGUAAUUUUGAUGCCCUGAUAGAUCUACUCGCAUCAGAUGAUAUCGCAGUAGCCGAUUCAUAUUCCUCACACAGCCCUCAUCACACCGUCCAACUACGGGACGCAUCCGGAAAACUAGCUUUUGACAAGAUCCGUCUCAUGUUCGCAACACAAAAUUUAGGCCCUGACAGAAUUGAUAACAAAUCACCCGAUACCCGUUCAGAUACCCACCAUUCGCGUGCGCAGCAUGAAAAUGAUAUACAGGAUGUAUUCAGCAAAAGCGGUCUCUCCAGGUCCGUGUCGCCGUCAAGCCAAUCCUCUGAACGGGGGUGGCAGGGAUCACGCUUAACCUCAGCCGGUUCUUCCGCACCGCUGGAUCAAACCAUCCAGAGUACGGACGAGUUAGUUCACAUCGGAUCUGACGAGCACAUUUUUUUAUCCCGGGACGAGCCAAACGCGCAAAAUACUACCGUAAGUCCUGUACCCUGUGAUGAGAUGCCUCUCCCUCAUCAGGGUGGUUUCAUAGAGAAAGCCACAACGAGGCCCACAGACAUAACUGUACCGCUCACGGAACACGCGGGUAGGGUCCAAGAUUUGACUAAGCCGCUUGAGUUCGAGCAAAUAAACGUCGCACUCUCACGCGCUACUUCUGAGAUUGACACACUCCGUGAACGCUAUGAAAAACUCCGAGCCUUGGUCACGGAACGGCUUUCCCCACUGAAUGGCUUACAAACAGGAAAACCUUCUGCUCAGCCCUCCGGCAAUCAUGACAUCCCUUCGUCUCAGGCACAGGGUUCUGAUAUACAACGAGGUUUUGAAUCUGGUCACUUAGAGGAAAUAUCAAGUCUUUCCGAAUAUGAGGCAAAGAAUAUUCUUACUGGACUUGUCACAUCACUACGACUGUCCCCUCGUUCGAUCACAACCCUUGUUUCUAGGUUUUUGGAUAAAGAUCCGGUCUAUCCACACCCCAGUAGUGUCGACGACAUCAGGUCUUCCAUGGAAUUCCUGGCCCGUAUCGACGAGCUAGUGUGGAAGCGGUCUGUGCCUGUGGAUGGCGACGGUCCGGAUCUACUUUAUUCAAGAGCGAAUACAGAUGCCCUCAUCGAGCGACUUGCUCUGUGGGAGAAAACUAUCAGAGGCCAUCAUAAAGGCUAG